CUUCGUUUCUUCUUCUCGGGCCGGGGCAAGGUGUUGCGCGCGGCGGGCGAGGGCAGCCGGUCCUGGGCCGGGCCCUGACUGAGGUGGCGGGGAGUGGGCCGCGCGAGCCGCAUGAGUGGAUGGAGCCGGGCUCUGGGCUGCAGCGGAGGGGGCCGGGGUUCGGCGGGGGCGGGCUGGGCUCGGCCGGGGUCUCCCCCGCGCUCUCGGGGCCUCAGGCCCGCCGCAGGAAACAGCCACCGCGGCCGGCCGACUUCAAGCUUCAGGUGAUCAUCAUCGGCUCGCGAGGAGUCGGCAAGACCAGCCUGAUGGAGCGCUUCACGGACGACACUUUCUGCGAGGCCUGCAAAUCAACCGUAGGUGUUGAUUUUAAAAUCAAAACAGUAGAGCUAAGAGGAAAGAAAAUUAGAUUACAAAUCUGGGACACAGCAGGUCAAGAAAGAUUCAACAGCAUUACCUCAGCUUAUUACAGAAGUGCCAAGGGAAUAAUAUUGGUAUAUGAUAUCACAAAGAAGGAGACGUUUGACGAUUUGCCAAAAUGGAUGAAAAUGAUUGAUAAGUAUGCCUCAGAAGAUGCAGAGCUACUAUUGGUUGGAAAUAAGUUAGACUGUGAAGUGGACAGAGAGAUUAGUCGGCAACAGGGAGAAAAAUUUGCUCAGCAGAUAACUGGGAUGCGUUUUUGUGAAGCUAGUGCCAAGGAUAAUUUUAAUGUGGAUGAAAUAUUUUUGAAACUAGUUGAUGACAUUUUAAAAAAGAUGCCUUUGGAUGUAAUAAGAAAUGAAUUGUCCAACAGCAUCCUGUCCCUACAACCAGAGCCAGAAAUUCCACCAGAACUGCCUCCUCCAAGACCUCAUGUCCGUUGUUGCUGACUUGCUGUUGCUUCCCCCAGGAUGGAAAAGAUGACUGGCAAAAAGGAAGGGGGAAGGCUGUUUUAUUCUGCAUUACAAUCAUACGGCAGUUGUUCGUUGCACUUUGAUUCAGAGUCAGAACUACACACUAAUUUGUAAAUACGCAGAUAUGCAAACCUGGGUAGGAUAAGGCUGUAACUGGUUAAAUACUGCUCUUUCCACAACUGUUUUUUCACUUCUCUUUUCCCAGCCCUAUAAAUAUUGUACAAUUUGGUGGGAAACACAGCACUCCCAAACCUAGAGUGUAAGAAAUUAAAUGCAUACUUAAUUAUUCUGAACAUAAAUGUUGUAAUAGUCCUUGAUAUAAAUAGAAUCUCUUAGUAUAUGGUGCUUUGAUAGCUUUUUAAAAAAAUAUUUUUAAUUUCAAUUUUGACAUGUAUAAAGCUUUCUGAAGCAGCAUUAUCCCUUAUAAAUUCAAAGAAAUUGAACUGUAGCAUCUUCAAAUGGCUGGUAAGACACUUCUGUGUAUGAUUACUCAGAAGCAAGUCCUUUGGUCACUGGGGCUUAGGGUAGGGAUCAAGGGGUUUGAAGCCUUUGAGUGCAAUCCAUCAAGUAGGUAAUACAGUAGGCCUCCAGUCAUUUCAACAUGUGAUCUCAGCAAGACUGAGUUCUGAACACACAGGCAAAUGGUGCCACCAGUGCUUUUUUAUUUAUUAACUUUUAACCUAGGCCAUCUGUAUGUGUGUACCAAGGCGCUCUGUAGUGUGUAGUUUUUAAAGGAUGAAUUGGCACCUUGACCUAAUUAGUGUCCUCAAACAUAAAUUAGCUAGCAGUCAGAUACUGUAUAAAGCAGAGAGAUAUUUGCAAAUUAUUUUUUAAAAAAGGUUUAAAAGAUAUUUCUUCUGUCAUAGACAAAUUCUUUUAAAAUUAUUUUUAAACCAUUUCCUGUGUUAUAAGGAAUAAUAUAUGUUUAUUUGUCUGAAAGAAAUUGAAGGAUUUUUUUUCCCUAUAAGUAAGCUUAUUCCCAACAAAAAUUGUGAGCUAAAGAGGGGUUAGAUUUUUUGUUUUUGUUUUGGUCACAAUGAAUUUGUGAACUGUAUCUUUUUAGUAUAUCUUUUAUUAAAUCUGCACUGUAUACUUUAGUUGUGGUAAACCAGUAGUUUUGUAUUUGAAUAACUUGCUAUGUCUUUAAUGUUGUGGUAUUGAAAAGCAUUGUCGUUCUAUACUAAUGAUGUGCCAAUAAACUUUUGUAUUUAUGAA